AUGCAACAAUCGAACAUAAAACCAGUUUCAUCUGGUUUCAAACAAAGGGGAGAUCAAGCUCUGAAGGUAACUGACGAUGGCCGCGGUCAACUUGGACAUUUGCAACGUGAACUGGUGCCCGUGUUUGCAUGUUUCCAAGUAAAUUUAUCGAUUUGAAUCACUUAACCAAAAAGGAUUUUAGUUACUUCCGGGUUAAUUGUAAUAUUUUGUUUUCAACCAAUUAGCUGCUUCAAAUACCUACUAUAGGGAGAUCUUUCCGAUUCAACUGGAUGCGUUUUGUCUUUCUACCGAACAAAAUCGAACUAAUCUCGUCGAUUGAAUUCGAUUGGUUCGAUUGAGUUCGGUAAUCGAACACACGAGUUCGAUUAAUCAAACUCGCCGAAAAGUUCCACCAAACCAAUCAAACAAGGUUCGACCGAUUGGGUUCGAUUAGGUUCAAUUGAUUUUUGGUUCGGUUUCGUUCGAUUGACUAGGCCGAGAGAUAAGUGAUUGUAGCACGAUGAUCCCCUUAAAAGAAGCGACAAUAUAAACAUAAAUCUUAUAAUCACUUGCACGUACCGCUCAACAUCAGUGAAGAAAGAUGGCAGUGCCAACCCUUGAGAAAACGAUCAGAGAUUUGUACUGUUCAGCAAAUGUCGCAGAUGUCACUGCCAGAGUUCACGACGAGCUAAUCGUCCUUUUAGUGCUUAAUACUUUUCUGUCCUUUACAGCAUUUUUGGGGAACACUCUGAUCCUAGUUGCUCUACGUAAAGAAUCGUCACUUCAUCCGCCCUCCAAACUCCUGCUACGCAGCCUAGCGAUAACUGAUCUCUUGGUGGGAAUCAUUGUCGAGCCUCUGUAUGUUGUUUACUUGAUGUCGGUUAAGAGUAAAAGAUGGGAUAUUUGCUAUAAUGUUAACGUUGCGCUCUUUAUCGCCAGUCAUAUUUUGUGUUCGGUGUCUUUGUUAGUAUUGACUGCAGUAAGCGUGGACAGACUUCUCGCCUUGUGGUUGGGCCUCAGAUACAGACAAGUUGUAACUUUGAAAAGUGUCUAUAUAACUGUAAUCGUUAUGUCGGUUUUGUCCAUUGUCGUCACAACAAGCUUCAUUUGGAAUGAACUGUUAUUUUCAUUGCUUCUUUUCAUACAUUUGUCUUUUUGUUUGACUAUCAUAAUUUUCUCUUACAUGAAAAUCUUCUUCACGCUCCGUCAUUACCAAAUUCAAGCUGAGAUCAAUGUGGCUCAUCAAGAACAACCGAGGCAAGCAAUUCCACUGAACAUAGCUCGAUACAGAAAGGCAGUGUACAGUGCACUGUGGGUGCAGGUUACAUUAUUAAUUUGUUUUCUACCAUUUGUCAUAAUAGAGGCCUUAACUGAUCUGAAAAGCGUCAAGUUAUCUUCAUCAGUUUAUCUUACCAAGACUUUUUCAUUUAGUUUUGUUUUCCUAAACUCGUCAUUAAACCCAUUUCUUUAUUGCUGGAAAAUCAAAGAAGUAAGACAGGCUGUUAAAGACACAAUAAGGCAAAUCUUCUGUUCUUUGACAUAA